AUGGACCCUUCUGGGUGCAAGGGGUGUUCUUGCGGGAGUAUACCAUGGGGUUAUGCAUAUGGAGACACGGUGUAUUACUUGUCCACAUUUCUUGUUCCGGUGUCAAGUCCCGGCCAGUCGAACGGUAGACUCACGGGACCGUCUUCUUUGCAAGACAUAGCUGGAAACAGCUCUGUUUCCGUGACACAAACAGAGUCACAGAGCGCUUUAAGGACGGUUGUUGCUUCAGGCACGACUGAGGUCUCGACGUCUUCGGGUUUUGAGUCUUUAAGCGUGGAAAGUCAAUUAACCCAAGUUCAACCCGGUUCAGAAACACCUAUAACGACCGAGAAAAUCACAUCUACAUCAUCAGCCGUAUUGGAAUCGACAUUUAGUGCCGUUUCCCUUAUAACAUCAACAGGCAUCAUUGAAUCAACAGGCCGCAUCGUCAUAUUCCUAAUCAGAGAGCCUACACCCAACACUCAAAAGCGAUCCUUCAACAGGCGACAAAAUACAGACAAACGAUUCGUGGGGAACGGAAACCCUGAUACCUGCACCUAUGCUGAAAGCUUCAACCUCGCCCAGGAGCAGCUCUUCAUAGACGGCGUGCCGUUCUUUUAUAACGGCCAAGAUUAUACGGAGCUUAGAGCUAGGCCGGUGCCCCAGGUAGGUGCAGUUACGAGAAUAUUUAUAACUUCUGGCCGAUUGCUCGAGAUUAGGAAUCCGGAUGUCCCUGAUGGUGCGGGCUUCUGCCUGGCACGUGAUGGGACGGUGUAUGUGACUUUUACAAGUGGGCCAGCUAGUUGUGUGCCUAUCAUUCUAGAGGUUUAUGAUCAGAGACAAAGUCAGAAUGGUAGACUUGUUGGUCUUGAUACCACUACCGGCGCUGCUGAGACUGCAACCUCAACGUCUAAAGCCAUUAGUUCUAGAAGCUCUACCAAUAUUGAAGGUGCUACGAUGAUGACGAUUAGAACAAAAACAACAAAAACAAAAACUACAGCAAAAGAUACUUCAACUGCGGAGUCUAGUCACGAAAGUGCUACAGAGUCGAGCAGUAUCUCCCAGUACCAAUCUGUAGCUCCAAUUUCUGAACCGACUACUUCUUCCAAGGCAUCUACCGCAGAAUCUUCCAGCGCCUCUACCUCAUCCAGUUUCACAACUGGCAUUACCACGUCGGAAACUUCUACAGAACCGAAUGUUUCAUCGCCAGUUCCUCGUGAAUCGAGCACCGAGGGAGUGUCUCUAACCACUGCACUCACUUCGACGUCAGCAGUAAGCACAUCUAGUGAGACAGAAGAGUCGACUUCGAUUAAACCAGCUUCAUCAGAGACAAGUGAGGCUGGUACCACUAGCUCUGAAGAGAGUACUUCGAGUGUUGAGCCUGAGACUUCUACCGUAGAGAGUACCACUGCCGCCUCUGAGAGCGAGACUACGACUGUUCAGAGUGCAACUAGUACAGAAUCCACCACUUCAGAGACCUCUACUUCGGAGUCCAACACUUUACAGUCUUCUACUUUACAAUCUACCAGUUCUCAGUCUACCAGUUCAGAGUCUACGACCAAUAGACCAAGCACCACGAUAGCACAAACAACAUCCAACAGCCCAACAACCACAACCCUCGGCGCAACACCAACAAACGCCGAUGAGUGCACAGCCCUCAGCAAUCCCUACAUAGCCAGCAACGGCGAUCGCUUCGAUCUGAGCUGUAGCUCUAACGUAGUGUUCUUGAGCGGCGGCGGCUCUGAACAGGCAGACCUGGUAGAUUGCUUAGAGGACUGCUCCACUGACCCAGGCUGUGAGGGUGUGCAGUACACCAAGGCUAACCAAAACUGUGUUUUUCUUGUACAGAAAGUCGGGACAGUACCUAAUAAUGCAUAUGAUGUUGCUUUUAGGGGUUAA